AAUUCGAUUUUUAUGAAAUCCGGAAUGACCAGGGUAUUUACGUUUUACCGCCUACCGGUUAUCAUCCAUUACAAGAAUUCGGACCUAAUUUAAAAAAAACUAGACAAGUCUUUCGAAAUGGUCGAAUUUAUAAAAAAUGUGUCCGACGUUGAGAGAUUUUGCCAGAAUCAGGACCAAAACGUGAGCUACUUUUUCACAUCAAAUUUGCCAGAAAUUUGUAAGAAAGAGCCUUGCAUAUUUGGAAUCGACGAAGCAGGAAGAGGUCCUGUUCUUGGGCCGAUGGUUUAUGGUAUUUGCUACUGUCCGAAGUCAAAACAGAAUCUGUUGGAAGAAUCUGGCUGUGCCGACUCUAAGACACUGACCGAGCAGAAAAGGGAAGAGAUUUUCGAAAAGCUUUGUGAAAAAGACGAAGAUAUUAAAUGGGAAGUCAAAGUCAUUUCACCGACAGAUAUUAGCAAUUGUAUGCUCCGAAGGCAAAAAUACUCCCUGAACGAAAUUUCACAUAGUUCGGCCAUCGGUCUUCUUCAAAAAGCCAUCGAUGAAGGUGCAAACAUUACUGACGUCUUUGUUGAUACUGUUGGCCCUGCAGAUAAAUACCAGGCCAAACUUCAAGAAAUAUUUCCUCAUUUAAACGUUACAGUCGCUAAUAAGGCGGACUCAAAAUAUCCCAUCGUAGGUGCUGCCUCAAUUUGUGCCAAAGUCAUUAGGGAUAUUUGUCUCAGGGUCUGGAAAUAUCCUGAAAUCAAAGAAGAUGAAAAAAUUGUCUGCGGUAGUGGCUACCCAGGAGAUCCUGACACUAAAAAGUUUUUGACAAAAUACAUGGAUCCCGUUUUCGGAUUUCCGAGUGUAGUUAGAUUCAGCUGGGCGACUGCCAGUAAAAUUUUAGAAGAAAGCGCGAUAACUGUGGAAUGGGAAGAGGUGGAAGAUGAAAAAACAAAAGGUAUUAAGUCUGUUAAGUCAUUUUUUUCUAAAGUCGAUGAUAAAAGUAAAGAAAGGUUCAGGUAUUUCAAAGAAAGAGGUUUAACAAAUUGUACUGAAUUUUGACUUUGUAAUUGUAAAUUAAAUAUUUUUUAAUAAAUACACUGUUUGUAAGUCUAUAAAAUCUCAAA